GACACCAGGAUGCUGAGACUCUUCCUAACUGUGUCUGUCCUCUUCUGGCAUCAACUUGCUGCACAGGAUGAGGUGGACAACUUCUGUCGUGAAAAUGACUGCACUGAGCCCGCAGAAGUCAUUGUGGACAAGAAUUAUGAAGAGGUAGAAUUCCAACAUGUCCAAUGGGUUGAAACAACAGUUCAUGGAAUGGAUAUGAAUCAUGCAAUAGAGACCGGCCUGGACAAACUUUUCAAUUAUUCACAUUUCGCUAAUGCUGCAGGUACAAUUAUUCCCAUCUCUGCACCUUGGGGAGUUCACGGAGACAUUGUAAAUGGCAAAAUGGACCAGGCAUUCAGGGUAUAUGUUAUGAUAGUUCCUGAAGUCAUCAGUCCACCGGAACCAACGGAUCAAACGGUCAAAAUAGCAAGAGUACCUACUAGUUCGUUCUAUCUCAGGACUAUUGACAGGAAAGUUGAUGAGCAACAAUAUGAAGAACUCGUGACUAAAUUCCAGCAGGACUUGGAACAAGACAAUCAACACUUUUAUCCGAGUUUUUUCAUUGCUUUAUAUAACACACAUGGGCUCAUGCAAAUAGGCUUCUUAAAGAAAUAAAAUCCUCUUGGGUAGGUUUUGUCACCUCCGUAGACACCCACAGUGAGAUGUGCUUAACUCAUUCUUAAACUGAUUGAACCUUCCACUAAUUACAUUUUGGGUUUAAGCUGGAGCACUGUGCAAAGUUCUGGUCUCUUUUCCUAAGGAAGGAUAUAUUUACCUUAGAGGGAAUGCAAUGACUGUUCAUUGGACAGAUUACAUAUAUGUGCUGGUAUUGGGGUUUUGAACAGUUCCACCAAUGACACAUUCAGUCCUGAGACCCUGUUUGGAAAUAUUAAUUCUGACUCCCACACACACUGAUGCAUUUAAUCUUUAUUCAAAAUUAUACCAACACAUGAGCAUCAAAAGUGAGCAAUUCUUCCCCAUUUACAUUCAGUGGUUCCUUUAGUUGUUUAGUUCCAUCAUUACAAACAAUGGAUCGUUCCAUGUGUCCAGUUCUAUGUUUCUCCAUAUUGUCCUGAGACAGACAGAUCUUGUUUCUCACCAAAUUCGACUAAAAACAGGGUCUGUUCAAUCCUGCUCCACCAUUCAUUAAGAUCAUAGCUGAUCAUCUACCUUAACUCCACCUUCCCACACUAUCCCUCGAGUGUGUAAUCUGUCUAAUAAACAGUCAUUGCAGUCCCUCUAAGGAAAGUUCAUCCCUUAGGUAAGGAGAGCAAAAUGACGGUUUUACCCACCUAAAUAACUGAAGUAAGAUUUCACUGCUGUUUACUCCCUUUGUAGUAAAGGCUAAGAUACCAUUUGUUUUCCUUAUUGCUUGUUGUAACUGCAUAUUACCUUUCUAUGCUUCAUGUGUAAAGACACCCAAGCCCCUCUGAAUACCAACAUUUUCCAGUCACUCACCGGUGCAAAAUCUUCCACUUUUAUAUUUUUCCUAUAUUUGACUGACUUCACACGUCCCCAAAUUAUCUUCUGUCUGCCACAUUCUUACCCAUUCACUUAACCAACCAAAUAUGGAGAAACCACAUGGUCUUCGAUCCACACGUUAACCAGACAUGAUGAUCCAGCCCUGGCAGAUCUGACUGUCUCUGACAGAGGAGCCCUGACUGCUGCUGUUGCUUUUCAUAUUGUUUGUAAUUAGGUUCCUCCUUCAAUUCCAAAUUAUUUGCUCAUGUUUCAGGUUCAUUUCUGACUAACCACCUCUGUGGGCAGCAAAGGUAAAAUGAGUCUAACAUCACCACACUGCACAUACACAGGUCUAAUCCCAUUUGGACAUGGGUAGUGGGCCCUCCAUUGGGGAACAGGGAUUAAUCACUGCAGUAAUUUGCCUUUUCUGUAAUCUUACUUUAAAUGAAUCAUGAACAGACUGAGAUUGAGAUGGUCUUAGUGACUGAAAUAGUUCCAGAACAUUCUAUCUUGACACAGCAAUGGAUUAUAUUUAUGUUUAUCACAGUCAUGCUGAUCAGAAUGUUUCAAGGUGAAGUGAAAAGAUCGCAGUGAAAAUGGGAUGUGUUUCAGAGCACAGAAUUGAAGUUGUUACAAAUGAAAUUAUGAAGUGGUCAGAUGAGCUCAGGGAGAGGAGCAUGAGAAUGGCAGCUUGCAUUGUGGCCCAGGACUGGAUCGAGUGACUCAGUGUUGGAGGGCUAUGUGGAGUUGAGUCGGGGGUCUUGGGUAUGCAGAAGCUAAAAGGUGUGUGAGGUGCUCGGUAGUAGAAACAGCCAGAGACACCUAGAAUUAAAGUGCAUGAGCAACAUGGCUCCUUUUAUUAAAACAUGUUCUUCAGACUUUUUACUUCUUCCUGUAGACUCCCUCUGUGGGUAUAAUUCUGUAAGGCAGCUUCCAGUGAACAAUAUGUACAAAUUGAAAUUUCAAAACAGUAAUCAA